AGUUAAUCGCGUGACCACGAGAGUGCGUUGCAGUUUGUUACAACAUGGCGGGUGAGUGAGUGCCUGUGGAUCGAACGAAGCUGCCCAAAAACACGAGGGAUUUUCAGCUAACCCGUGGUGUUUGUGGGUUUCAGAUAUAUCCUACAUCCAGAAAGAAGAACUGGACGAUUCUGACGAAGUGACAACGGCUGGAACGACACGUGGAUACGCGAAGAAAUCUUGGGGUUACUUUGUACGAUUAAAAAGCAAUGGAGAUUGAUGAAGUCGACGACGAUGAUGUUGAUUAUAAUCUGAGUCCUGACGCUUCCGGAAACGAUAUUUGCAAUAUUGGAGGAAGCGGCGACGAAGGCGGAAAGGACGAACUGCUUCUGAAAUUGCAACAAUACGUAACGUCGGACGCAAACUUCACACGCCAAUCUAUCGACCUCGACGUCUCGCAUUCCCCGCGAUCGAUCACCAACCUGAGAAUACAGCCCGACCGUUUUCAACCGAAGAUGCACCGUCCGCGUUUUCUCCAAUCGUUGUUUCCUCACACCGACACUCUCGCACCGUCCAAUGAUGCGUCUGCCGUGCGUUGUUCAGGAUUUGGAACGAACCCGUCCUACUUUCGUCUUACGAGGUAAGCCAAUCGAUCGAAGAAUUUCUUUCCCGC